AGGCCAGUGCGCGGCCGCAGCGAUCCACCCGCAUCGCUCCGCCCUUGGGAGACUCGGAGGCACCAUGGAGGAGUACCACCGCCACUGCGACGAGGUUGGCUUCAAUGCUGAUGAAGCUCACAAUAUUGUCAAAGAGUGUAUAGAUGGGGUUUUAGGAGGUGAGGACUACAACUACAACAGUAUCAACCAGUGGACUGCAAGCAUAGUGGAGCAAUCACUAACUCAUUUGGUUAAGUUGGGGAAAGCAUACAAAUACAUUGUGACUUGUGCUGUGGUUCAGCGAAGUGCAUACGGCUUUCACACAGCCAGCUCAUGUUUUUGGGAUACCACUUCUGAUGGAACCUGUACUGUAAGAUGGGAGAACCGAACCAUGAACUGCAUUGUUAAUGUUUUUGCCAUUGCGAUUGUCCUGUAACCCACUAAGACAGGAUGGGCUGAAGCCAGUAACUUAAGAUUUGUCAGUAUAUCCUUUCUGAACAGCAUAAUAGUUACUUAUUCAUGUGCUAGAUGAUAAGUGUGCAACAUGCUUCAAAGCCGUUACAAAACUGAAUAUUCUAAGUAAGUUGGAGGAUUAGCUCAUUCUACAUGGCAUCAUUUAAAUAUGAAAUUAAUAAAUGUUAGCAAAAAAUAAGUGCAGAAAUGUGGCAUGAUAUAAAACUAUAAUCUUAUAUUUAUACCAGCUUUUUACUAACAUCAUUAAUGUCCCUAAGGAACUGGGAAAAACAUUCAGAUGUUAUCUUUUAGCUACAGAAUUUAACAGGGAUAUAAAUAUGUGAACAAAAAAGCUGCAAGGAUAAAUUAACUUUUAAAUUUCUUUCCUUCAUUUAUUUGCCCACAAUACAAAGUGGGAAGUAAUUUUCUUGGGUUUUUUUUUUCAUUGUAUCACAUGUUACUGUGGGCCUUCUGGUGAAUCUUUUUUUUAAUUCAGUUUUUUUGGAUUUAAACUUGAAGUUGGAUUAAAAUUGAUAAACACAAAUUUUACAGUUAAGCAAAAUUAGUUACAGCAUAUGAUGAACAGUACAUGAUUCAGACAACUGCCUUACAAUCUCUUUCCACGUGGAACAAACAUUUCUUGAAUGCCUGUUGUGAGCAUAUUUCUCUACUAUGCAGUGCAGUUAUCAACAUACUGUUGGAAUGCUAAGUUUCUUUUGGCAGCUGUUUAGUUGGAGAAGUAGUGUUUAUGUUUGAGGAAGAAAAACUGAGUUGUUUGACAAGAGGGGGAAAAGUGAAGUAUGAUUAUUCAUGUAGAAGGAAGCAAAAUGAAAAGAACUUAUUGGUGACUGAGCUGUAGAUAUAAUUUUAAGAGUUGCUCUUAGUAUGUACAACAUAUGCAGCUCUUAGUUAAAGGCCUUAUUAGUCUUAACCAUAAAUGUGGUAAAUUUUAUCAUGGCUUUAAUUUACACUCAUAUGUAAAUAAUUUAAUAAGAGACGUAUUGCGUGUGGCUCAAAAUGAGCGGAGUAAGUGUAAAUGAAAAGUAUACAAUCAUUAGCGGGUUAUCUAAUAUCUCAGGGCUUAUGAAAUAUAUUUAAAUUUAUUAAGAAAACAAAAGAUAAAAUUAGGGUACACCACUGAUCACCAAAUGCGAAGUCAAUCUGCUAUUUAACCUUGAACACAAAAAUCAAUCUCUCCUAUUACCACUGACACCAAUACAUGUAGAAACUGGAAUUGUGAUUCACUGACAUUUUGGGGAACAAGUAUCCUUGUAGGAAUACUAUGUGCAUGGUAGACACUUUGCUAAAUAACAAAAAUUGUUCAGUGUUUAAGAAGGAGAAGAAGACAAUGCAAGGAUAUGGUUUAAUGCAGUGAUCUGUGAUUUUGAUAUAUCAGAAAUUCUAAGUCAUUAUCUUUAUGUUACUUUAUGCUGCUGGCUUUUGUGCCCCUGGAGCUUAUAAUAGUGACCAAAAUAUCUGUGCAGUAAAGGCUUGUUUUUGAUUAUUGUUGUUGAAGCCUGAUUUAAAAAAAUUAAUCGUAUCUCAUGAGCUUGCUAUCUACUCUGUUUCUAGUUAAGAUAUAAUAAAAUUAUAUUCCUGUGCUGUA